UUUUUGUCUUUUCUCGUCCCUUCCUUCUUGGUUCUCUGUGUUUGAUAUUUUUAUGCUUGGUGCCGGUGGAAAAUAAAAAGCUACUUGAAUGUACAGCAUGAUGAUGGAAACGGACUUGCACUCCCCCGGCGGAGCCCAGGGCCCCACUAAUCUAACGGGCCAGACCGGAGCGGGAGGCGGUGGAGGCGGCGGCGGCGGUGGGAACAAAGCGAACCAAGACCGGGUCAAGAGACCCAUGAAUGCCUUCAUGGUGUGGUCCCGGGGCCAGCGCCGGAAGAUGGCCCAAGAGAACCCCAAAAUGCACAACUCGGAGAUCAGCAAGCGCCUGGGGGCCGAGUGGAAAGUCAUGUCCGAGGCCGAGAAAAGACCCUUCAUCGACGAAGCGAAGCGACUUCGGGCGCUGCACAUGAAGGAGCAUCCGGAUUAUAAAUACCGGCCCCGCAGGAAGACCAAGACCCUGCUCAAGAAGGACAAGUACUCGCUGGCCGGGGGGCUGCUCAGCGCCGGCUCGGCAGGGGGCGGCCCCGCCGGGGUCGGGGUGGGCAUGGGGGUCGGGGUGAGCCCUGCCGGCGUGGGCCAGCGGCUGGAGAGCCCCGGCGGCACGGCCAGCGGGGGAUACGCUCACAUGAACGGCUGGGCCAACGGCGCCUACCCGGGCUCUGUGGCCGCGGCGGCGGCGGCGGCCGCGAUGAUGCAGGAGGCGCAGCUUGCCUACGGGCAGCACCCGGGUAGCGGCGGGCACCCGCACCAUCCGCACCCGCACCACCCGCACCCGCACAACCCGCAGCCCAUGCACCGCUACGACAUGAGCGCGCUGCAGUACAGCCCCAUCUCCAACUCGCAGGGCUACAUGAGCGCCUCGCCCUCCGGCUACGGGGCCAUCUCCUACGGCGCCCAGCCCCACCAGAACUCGGCCGCGGCGGCCGCGGCGGCCGCUGCCGCGGCGGCGGCUUCCUCCGGAGCUCUGGGCGCCUUGGGCUCGCUGGUCAAGUCGGAGCCCAGCGUGAGCCCGCCCGUCACCUCGCACUCACGGGCCCCGUGCCCCGGGGACCUGCGGGAGAUGAUCAGUAUGUACUUACCGGCCGGAGAAGGAGGGGACCCGGCUGCGGCUCAGAGCCGGCUUCACUCCCUGCCCCAGCAUUACCAGAGCGCCAGCACGGGGGUCAAUGGCACGGUCCCCUUGACACACAUCUGAGCCGGGAGGGAAGGAGAGGGACAGAAACUUGCAUUGAACCCGGCUGAACUGUACCUCUGUCCGCCUGGCCGCCGCCACCACUCCCCUCCCCAGCGCACACACCGCCGGCUCCCUUUUUGUACAGAAAAUGUUUGGAUGUUCUUGUAAUAACAAAUAAUAAUAAUAAUAAUUAAUAAAAAUAAUGAGGGGGAAAGGUAACGAUUGCUCUAAUUACCUUUUUUUAGGACUAGUUUCUGAAACUAGUUUUUGCGUUUUAGACUGAACUUCUGUGUUUUAUUGAGACUUUUGUACAGUAUUUAUCAUUCAUCCACGAGGCACAGAGCGUUUUAUUUGCUAAAGAGAAAAAAAUCACAAAAAGACAAAAAAAAAUAAGAAUAAUCACACAAAGAUCUAGGCGAUGCCAACUUUUAUAUUGCAGAAGCGUUACCCGCUUCUUCCUGGGAUCGCUUCUUGUGUAGGCUUUUUACUGCCUAAUUAAGACAAAGUUGAUGGGGAAACAGUUCUCAUUUAUUACACAUGUACUAAGACAAAUCCAAAACCACACGUAAAAGUUUUUGUAGAUGUUAUUGCGGGGGGUUUAUUUGUUUGUUUAUUUAUAAAACUUUUUUUUCCCGACUGCAACAUUAUUGUUGGUUUUGUAAAACUUUAUUGUACCUUUUUUUAUUUUAUUUUUGUUUUGUUUGUUUUUGUAUGAUUUCUUGUAAAUGCAUUGUGAAUUAAUUUUUAUUUUAGGCGUUACGAGGGAAUUGUGUAUAUAGUUUACUAAAAAGCCUUUCUGCUAAAGAAAAAUCCUAAGGAUGCGUUCGUUGACUACUGAGUUAAAUAAAUUUCAAAGUGGAAAAAGUCACCUGUUUUUUUUUCAAUAAACCCGAAAGGUACUAAUUUUAUACGCAUGGUAUGCCUUAAAAUAUAACCGGUAAACCUAGAAAUUGAAAAGGAAUUUAAAAAAAUAUGAUCAGAAAAUAACAUAAAACAAAUCCCAUAUUGUGUUUAGAUUUCUCACAAUCUAUAUAAAACUGAAGGGAUGAAAGUAACAAAACUAGUUAGCUUUUUUUAAAAGAUUAUUUUAAUAGCUGUUAAGGUACUGUUAAGAAGGCGACCUAUUAAAAUACUUUCCAUAGUACUCAUGGUUCAUUUUGUUUAUUUUAUUUGUGGAACUGACUGUCCAAACCUGGAGUGACUUCAUAGCUAGGGGCUCUUAUCAGGUCUGGACGAUCUGCCUUCCCUUUCUCUCAGAUUUCAGACUGGGGAUCCCAGCAGCGAUGGGGAAACCUCGUCCCGGAGGGAUGCAAAGGCUCCAGCGUAUGCACAAGUUCCUCUCUAAUCACCACAACAAUUGCAAGAGAAACUGAUUGGGUUUGAGUGUAAUGAAAAACAAUCUCUGUACCAAAAAUAUUAAAAGAAGUCCUGGCUCUCCCAACUCCCCCCCCCCUCCCCAGGGGGCUGCAAACAACGCUGGAUUUCACGCACGCACACACGCGCGCGCGCACACACACACAAAUCCUGUGUAACUGGAAUGCAAGUUCUUAAAAACUGGUGUGAAAAGCUGUCAAGCAAAAAUGAUGUAUUUGUUCCUAACAGGAUCCUGAUGUUGUUUAAUGCUUUGAAAAUUUAUUAUAUUUUUUUCUACGUGUUUAUCGGUACCUUGCUAUGUUCUGGAAUUAAAAGUUUGCUGUAAACUUCAUUUAAUAGUAACGACAGCACUCAGAAUUGCAUUUAAAAAUCAUAUUGUAGCAAAUAAAUUUUGAAAGUAGUCGUAACAUAUUUAAACAAAAAAGAAGAGGAAAUAUUUUAACAUCCAGAGUGGAAACAUCGUUACAGCAGGCUUUAGAGCAUCUUUUUAUUGGUGGUGAAUACGUAAUUUAUCCAUCCAAAAAUGGGGCACUGUUAGUUGGUUAAUAAGGAGCGGGUUCGGUCCGUAUUAGAGAUUGCACUUUAACUAUAAUGCUAACAUGACAAUUGACAUAUGUAACUAUUUGGAGUCAUUUUGAUAAUUUUGUUUAAACCACUCAUUCGUUAAAGUGCGAAAUUUUACUGAAAGAUGUCUAUUGAUUUCUAACAAGGUAAUAAAAAUCCUUUUUGUAACUAUUUGGAUCCUUUAUUAA